AUGAAGGUGCUGAUAAUUUGUUUGGCCUUUGCGGCUGUGAGCCUCGCUAUGCCCGUUGCGGAGGAGAAACAAGAAACACCCGUCACGCCUGUUGCUGUGGCGGAGGCAAAGUCAGGAGAAGAAAAGGUACAAAAUGAUGCACAACCAGCCAAAGUAGAUGAGAAAAAAGCUGAAGCUGAACCAGCCAAAAAGGAGGAAAGCAAACCAGUAGAACCUGAAGCUAAAAACGCAGAAUCGCCUAUUGAAGCUGCUGUCGAAUCAAAACCCGAUGUGAAAGAAGACGCCAAGGAAGAAGAUAAGAAGGCAGAAAUACCGGAAGUCAAGUCUGAGGAACCAGCUAAAGAAGACGAAAAGAAAGCAGAAGAAGCACAACCCGCUGAAGUAAAAACCGAGCAAAAAAUUCAGAACCCUGAACCCAAACCGGAACCAGAAUCAAAAUCUGAGGAGUCUGAAGCAAAGGUAGAAGAGGUCAAAGAGCCAGCACUUAAGUCUGCGAUCGCCGAAGGUUUUGACGUAGUCAGUGCAGUAAAGAACCCUGCUGCAGUCGCCGAUGACCCUAUUGAUGCAGCUGCAAUAAGUCCCAUCACCGCAUCACAGCCAGCCAUUGCCCCUAAAAUAGCUGAACCUGAGGAGAAGAAGGAUGAGAAGCCAGUUCCUGAAGAACCAGCUUCAAAGAGUGGAGAUGUUGCGGAAAGCACACCAACUGAGUCGAAACCAGAAGAAAAAAAAGAAGAGCCAUCUGCUCCUUCUACCCCAGUUGAACCGAAAUCUAGCGCCGCCGGUAUAGUUGCUGACGAGGCACAACGAGUGGUUCGUGAUGCUGUAGAAGAAAAGAAAGAAGAUGCUCCAAAGCCAGAAACUAAAUCUGAAGAAGAAGAAAAACCAGAAGAAAAGCAACCCGAAGUUCCUGAGAUCGCGGCCAAAUCUGCACCUAGUGAAGAGCCAAAAGAAAAGAUUGAGAAAGUUGAAGAGAAAGUAGAGAAGGUCGAAAUUGCAGAGGAGAAGGCAGGCGUGGCACCUGCAGAACCUGCAAAGGAAUCAGGUGACGCCAAGGCUGAAGUCAAGGAAGGUGACUUAGCGUUAGGAGACGCUCCAGCUAAGAGCAGCUCUGAGGAGAGUGGAGAAAGUGUGGAGAGCAAGGAGAAGGACUCAUCAGAGGAUAGCGGCGAGAAAUCUAGCCCUGCCUCAUCUUAG